AGAACAGCUUGCUUGGAGACCAGCACAAGCGAGCGAGUCUGCUGGUGCUGGGCGGCAGGUCCGAGUGAUUUCAGUCGGCUGCCCUUCUUGCUUGGUGUGAGAGAGAGAGAUCGGGUGAGCGAAGGAGCAACGAGAGCCCUGCAGCUUGUCCACGGAAUGAGAUAACAACGCAAUGCCGGCGCACACCCCGACCGGAUAAGAAGGAAGGCAGGUGACCGAAGGGGUAGCUUGGCCAUCGACAAGCAGUGUGUCUGACUGCGGGUGUUUUUCAGCAGCUGAUGGAUCAGAAAAGACGACGGGCCUGGCAAUGUGCAACGCAGCCGUUCUAACCUCCCAUCAGAUGGUACCAGCAAUGCCGCUGUCGCGGACCAGGUCGCUGCUCAGCAACAUCAAUGGCAACCACCCGGACUCGGGCACCGGACAGUCGUACCUUCCGCACCUCGGCUCGGCCGACAGCAACGGUCUGCUCAAGACGGCCUCAUCAACCGCCGCAGGGUUGGCCGAGCGACUCAACCCGCCCGAGCGCAACGGCGGCUCCGUCGAACCGUCGUCGCUGCCCAACCUGAACAUGCGUUCGGACAGUCCGCCGCUGGUCAAAACGUCCAGCACCUCCAGUACGAGCAGCAGCAACGGCAGCAGUAAUCAGCAGGCGGCCGCACUCGCCGCGGCGGCCGCCAAGCCCAAGACAAUGGUGGCCACCCCCGAGCAGGUGGCCAAACUGUACCUGAGCAAGCUGACGCCGUACGAGCACCACGAGAUCUUCAACUACCCACAGAUCUACUUCAUCGGGGCCAACGCCAAAAAGCGGCCCGGCAUCAUCGGCUCGGGCAACAACUGUGGAUACGACAACGAGCAGGGCUCGUACAUCCACAUCCCUCACGACCACAUCGCCUACAGAUACGAGGUCCUCAGGGUCAUAGGAAAAGGCAGCUUUGGACAGGUGGUCAAAGCGUACGACCACAAACUGCACCAGCACGUCGCUCUGAAGAUGGUACGCAACGAGAAACGCUUCCACCGGCAGGCGCAGGAGGAGAUCCGCAUCCUCGAGCACCUGCGCAAGCAGGACAAGGACAACUCGAUGAACAUCAUCCACAUGUACGACAACUUCACGUUCCGAUCGCACAUGUGCAUCACAUUCGAACUUUUGUCCAUCAAUUUGUACGAACUGAUCAAGAAGAACAAGUUCCAGGGCUUCAGCCUGCAGCUGGUGCGCAAAUUUGCGCACUCGCUUCUGCAGUGCCUGGACGCCCUGCACCGCAACAAGAUCAUCCACUGUGACAUGAAGCCGGAGAACGUGCUGCUCAAGCAGCAGGGACGCAGCGGAAUCAAGGUGAUUGACUUUGGCUCCAGCUGCUACGAGAACCAGCGGGUCUACACGUACAUCCAGUCGCGAUUCUACCGCGCGCCCGAGGUGAUCCUGGGCGCGAGGUACGGAAUGCCCAUCGACAUGUGGAGUCUGGGCUGCAUCCUGGCCGAACUGUUGACCGGCUUCCCACUGCUGCCUGGCGAGGACGAGGCCGACCAGCUGGCCUGCACCAUUGAGGUGCUCGGCAUGCCGCCCACCAAGCUGCUGGCCGAGUCCAAGAGGGCCAAGAACUUCAUCAGCUCAAAGGGCUACCCUCGUUACUGCACGGCGACGACGAUGGCGGACGGAAGCACCGUGCUGAGCGGCGGACUGUCUCGGCGCGGGAAGCACCGCGGCCCGCCAGGCUCGAAGGACCUGCAGCGCGCGCUCAAAGGCUGUGACGACCCGCUCUUCCUCGACUUCAUCGCCAAGUGUCUCGAGUGGGACCCCGAGAAGCGGAUGACCCCUGCGACGGCGCUGCGCCACGCGUGGCUGCGGCGGCGAUUGCCGCGGCCACCGGCCGACCCGCUGGCGGCCAACGGCGCCACCAGUGGCGCCGACGCCUCGCCGGCCUCUUCGCGCAACUCGAGCGGCGCCAAGCAGCAGGCCAAGCUGCGCGUGCAGCUGUCCGAGGGCGAGCAGACGCAGCGGACGACCAAACUGCCGCAAAUUGGCAGCGUCUCGUAGCUGCGGCUGAGCACAAAAUUGGACUGGGCCGUGCGGCUGAGGCCGCGCCUCAGGGCGUGCGGGGAGUGCGGCGCCGCCGCCUGCGCGCCCUACUGCCGCCGCCGGAAGUGACCCCACGCGCCCCCCACCCCCACCCACCCUCUCCGAGCUGAGAAUUGAGAACGGCUGUGCCUCCCCCAAACCCCCAGUCUGGCUUUUCACCCUGAUUUUUGGUCAAUUUUAUCAAACGCUUUUUUAAUGCAUUAAACUUUUUAUUUCAUUGUAGAAAAACUAAGCGAUUUUAGUAGAUUUCAGUUCUGGAAGAUUAAGAGAUUUUUUAGAAAAUUAGAUUUGGACAAAAAUUGAUCAUGCAGUCAAUAUUUCUCAUUUUGAAAUUUUUUAUUGUUUGUUCAAACUAAUUUUGAAUUGGUACGGAAACCUGAUUUUCUUUCAGUCACACAAUUCAUUGCCACUUUUUUGCAAUGCAAAAUGGAAUUUUUUUUACAGACAUUUUACUAAAGAAUUCCGAUUAUGACUCUGGCUUGAGAAAUUAUCUACCAAGCAUGAAGUGUUGUACACUUGAAGCGCAAAUGACUUUGCAUUUUCUUUCAAUUUUGAAACUAAAAUUAAUGCUUUGACUCCAGGAGUCUUCACUCUGUUUUAAAGAAAUGAAAUAUUUUUUAAUUGUAAAGUAUAACUACUGCAAUAGUUGUUCCGUUUUUAUCGAAGCUUAUUUAAAUUAUAAUUAUCAUUCUGACUAAGUUUUAAAAAUAAAACAUUGACCAAAAUUACGGUUUUGAAUUUUUAAGCAAUAGAAAGAAGUUUUUAGUUUGCCAAUUACUUAUUUAAUUACAGUUUAAACUAUUUUUUCUUUUAAAUGUAUCACAUAAGAGGCACAAGUAUAAAUCCCGCCCCUAGAGACAAUUAAGGCCGUGGAUCACGUUCCGCUUCUGCUCCAUCUGAAUUCUCCGCUACUUCUCAGCCAAUUUUGUGUCGUGUAAUUGUUUGGAAAUGACUCUUUGUGCAAUUAGACAUUCUAGAAAGAGAGAUGACGUGUAUAAAACUUGUAGUUAAAUUUGUCAAAGAACCAAUCAGGCGGAUUGCCACUCGGAGGACGAAAAGAGAAACCGCGCUGUUCUUUUUAGAAAAUCAUGGACUUCAAAAAGGAAGGAAUGCCGCUGUGUUGUUAUGUAAAUUUAUCAAGCCCUGAAUGUGUACCAUAAUCUGAUUGGCCAAAUAGCGUUUAGCACCACUGACUUUUUUUCGAGUUACUGUAUCAAACACGAACGUGUGAAAAGAAAAAUGCAAAAUUUUGUAUUUGAUGAAAAUUUGGACCACAAAAUUUAUCGGAAUCUGAUCGAUUUGUUAACUACUAAUAAGUAACUAUUGAUUGAAUUGAUGGAUUGAACCUUGUCUUGAUGGUCAUCGAGAUCUCAUUAUGAUUAAAUAUUUAAACGAACGAAGCAGUGUAGGCCUAAUGAAGAAAGAGCUCGAUCAAGUCACUUUCUUGCAUGCCUGAUUUCGGCCUUUCCGUUGAAACCCUGAGUUAUGAGGCUUUGAAAACGCACUGCUGACUUGUUUCAACAGGCCGUUGCGUAUGAAAUUUUUUGAUUGAUACGGCCUACUGAGAAUUGUGAAAAGUGGCCAUAAAAUUAGUUUAUUUGGGAAAUUUUGAGUCCUCAGUCUCGAGGCACUUUUUGUUUCUAAUUAAAAUUAAAAUUUUGUGUAAUAGAAUAUUUCAAGUUUGCAUUAUAAACUUUGUGAUCUCGGAUCAGAAAUUAAAAUAAUUAUCAACGAGUCCGCUCUUGUUUCUUGUUUUUGUUCGCACUGAUUUUCUUCGGUCACAACGACAACUGGCCAAGAUAGGCUUCUUGUAAAUUGAUUUCAAUCAGAUCUGGAUCGUUGGCCGAUUUCAGGCAGUCCUCUUGUCAGGAAUUGUGUGUUUUCGUACGGAAAAGUCUCCAGCCGCGCUAAGAUUGUAAAAAAUCAGAAAGAAAAAAAUAUUGAUAAUUGGUUAAAUUCGAGCUACAAGCGCCAUGGUUGUCUUUUCCGGGUUUCGUACUUUGGUACGGACGUUUAUUAAGGGAAAAGAAAUUAGCACUGCCUUAAUGUGUAACAAAAACGAAGAAGGUUGAAAUCUCAAAAGUCCCUGGUGAAAACUUUGAAGAUUGAUUCACCUGAUUAACUAAUUGUUAGUAAGAGUAAAAGAAAGAAAGAGCGAGCGAGCGACGAAUGCAAAGUUGUGGCAAUACUCACUGAAUAUCAAUUUUGCAAAGUUAGGUGAUCUUAUUAAUUACUAUGCUGAUUAAUUAAAGGAGAAGCUGCGCGUCAAUUUCACCCCCGUUUCCUUUGCCGUUGAACGAAAUAUAUAGCAAAUUGCUUGAAUCACCUUUUCACACGCCCUGCACACAAAGCACACACAACCACAUUCACUUGGAUGACCAAGAUCCUUUCAGUGCCAUUUUCGCUCAAAUCGAUAAUUGAGGACUGAAGUACUUAACAUGUAAAUGAAAUAAUUAACGCAAUUACCAAUUUAUGAGAGAGAAAAUCAUGAAUUUUUUUGGUUUGUCCGAAUUCUGAAACCGCAACUUUUCUAACUCUGUCAACGACUUGUUACGCGUAGUAAUUAUUAUAAUUAAAAAGCGAAAAUUGUGUAAAGAAACCCCCGUUUAGCCUUUCUUAAUUUUAAGUGCGCUCUGAAUAAGAUUAGAAGAUUUUUGUUAACUGUCCAUAAUUUUAUGUGAUAUUUCCCCUCCCACACGUCUCUUUUGCGGAUGGCUUUUUUGGAUUAAAACGUUCACAUUUUUUUUUUUUUUUUAUUACAAAAUAUUACAAUAUCAUCGCACACACACAC